ACUUUUAAGAUUCUCGGGAACAAGUUGGGAAACAUCCAUGUUUUUGGAGCGAACGAUCAAGAGUUUUACUUUGAAUUUGAAAGACCACUAAUACCAUGGGAUGACGCUGUUGGAGGGACAUGUGGUUGGGAUGUUGUAAGUGAGAAACUAAUGGCGACAUUCGGCCUGGAUUAUACACAGUUCAGUCCUUCUUGGCUGAGAAAAGAAUUUGUUGAAAAGAUCAAAUUAUUGACUGCAAAAAAAUUGUAUGGGCCAAUUUUCAAAUCGACCAGAUAUAAAAAACUCCUAGGCGCCCUUUGGAGAGCUGGUGCAAACAAGUCUCAAGUACCUUUUCAUCGCAGUGUGGGUGUGAUUAGUGAUGGAUCUUUUGAUACUAUAAAGGGACUUCCUUACAUUUUCCCAUUGGCGAUUUAUGGUGAACAUUGGAAAAUAAAUACUUUGCUCGAAGAUAAUGUUUACGUACAGGCCGAACUAAAGAGGUAUAACAAAAUCGUACAAGAUAAUCACAGAAAGCUCAUUUUGCUGUGUACACGGUUAUAUGAAAAACAUUUGUUAGCAAGUACUUUCUCCGAUUCCACAUUAUAUUCUCAAUCGACGUGAAGCACCAUAGUGCUAAGUAAAGGCAUAGGAAAAAUAUAUCUUCAAAUGAGUUACCGUGUUUUAUGGCGGCGAAUGGUUCAAAACAUAAACAUUUCGAAUCCUUUUUUCUGUCUAUUUCAAUUCUUUUAUUUAAUUUA